AUGGCCACGAGCUCGACGUUAAUGCUUGUGGGCGACGUGGUGGCGCAACAGAUUGAGCUGGCGUCUGCUCGGCGGAAGAACGAGACCCCAGGUCACUUUUUGCAGCACCGUCAAGUUUUACUACAGCCCUCAUGGUUGUUUCCGGCCGGCAUUGAGCUUCAGCUCACGCGUACCAGCGUCAUGUGCACCUGGGCUGGCCUCAUGGGUCUCUUCUGGACGGCCUGGUUUCGACGAAUGGAUUUGAUCUUUCACAAACUGCCCAAGCUGGUCGGCGUCAUUGGCAAAGUGGCAGCUACUGCCAUCACGCCGCCGUUUACCAACACGGCGUUUAUGGGGAUUGUCACCAUGAUUGAGGAAACAGUGAUCAACGGACGCGGCGAUGAUCCAGAGUACUGUGCGUUGUCUGCCACUCGGGCCAGAGUGCUCACGCGAUGGACCAUAAUGGCGUCUAUGGACGAGACCGAGCUGCAGCAUCUUUAUGCAUGGAUCGACAAGAUUCCUCUCUCGAGGCCCAAGCGCAACAUCACCCGGGACUUUAGCGAUGGUGUCAUGGUGGCCGAGGUUGUCAACCACUUUGUGCCCCGCAUUGUUGAGAUGCACAACUACUCACCGGCCAGUUCUUCAAAGCAAAAACAAGAAAAUUGGGGCACCCUGAAUUCCAAAGUCUUCAAAAAGCUGGGCCUCACCGUGCCAGAAAGCGUGGUCAAGGGGGUUAUUGCCAACAAGCCCGGCGUCAUUGAAGUGGUUCUCAGCAACCUUCGCGUGAAGAUUGAGCAGUAUCAGAACCGCAGUGGUUCAGCAGCUUCAGCCGAGUGGGGCGAACUCAACCCCGCUCCGGUCCGGACCGGCGGGCGCAAGAAAAAUACAGGGGGCAACAGGUCCCCUAGUCGACCCCAUCACCACGCCAAUGGCAGCUCCAACUCCUUUGAUGUGGUCAGCGGCCCCCCAUACGACGAAAUUGAAGAUCCGACUCAGGCCCUGAUGGAAAAAGAUCAAAGCAUCAUUGACUAUCAAGAAACGGUUGAGAUUCUGCAGGUCAAGGUGCGCAAGCUCGAGCAGCUUGUCAAGCUGAAAGAUCGCCGCAUCGAUGAGUUGGCCAAGAAGCUCGAGCGCUUUGAGAGUUGAUCAAGGGGCUGCCCGAUUGCGCCUUUACAUGUUUUCCCCUUGCAUCGCGCAGCGCGCGUGCUCUAUUUUUUUUUGCUUCUCGUCGCGUCUCAUCCUUCUGACUUGCGGCUGUCCCUUUCCCUCGUGCCCUGUUGCAUCCGCAUGCCAGCUUUUUGAAUUUGAUUUGAAACAGGCCCGCUCGUGGAGCCCGUGGGCCCAGGGCCGCAGCUCAGACCUGGGUUUCCCUUCUAAUUGACUAACAUCCUUG